UACUCGAGUAGGCGGGUCUGAAAGUACUCCAAGAUCAUGCUGUCCAGAAGGUCUGGGAUAAAGUUUGUAUCACUAUGAACUGAUUCAUUUAGGACUUCAUGUAAGUAGGGCAAUGUUCGUCGGUGUAGCACUUGCUGCCUUUAGCCGUAGUGCACAAUGCUGUACAUACGUGCGCUCCUGUUCUCGCACUGUCUUCACUCUGGGUCCCAGCCGAGGAGCUGUCCUCCGGUCUCUCUCAAGUGACGUUUAUGAAAACCUGGCACUGGAAGACUGGCUCCAUAAUAAUUUGGAUUUGAGCGAAGAAGGCCACGCCCUCUUGCUCUGGCAGAACGCGCCGGCCGUGGUUAUGGGUAGACACCAGAACCCCUGGCAAGAGUGCAACGUGGGUCUGCUCAGGGAAAAGGGGGUCCGGCUAGCCCGGCGUCUUAGCGGCGGAGGUACGGUGUACCACGACCUGGGCAACCUUAACAUAACUUUCUUUACGUCCAGGAAAAGGUACCACAGGGCAAGAAACUUACAACUAGUGUGCAGCGCCCUGAAAGCCGUAAGCCCUCGGCUAGACGUGUGCGUCACCGAUCGCUUUGACUUGCUGCUAAAUGGUGACUUUAAGGUGUCCGGGACCGCAGCCAAGCUGGGAAGAACUUCAGCCUACCACCACUGCACAUUACUGAGCAACACCGACAGACAAGCCCUGUCUGCUGUCUUGAAGAGCCCAUAUCAGGGCAUCAGCAGUAAUGCCACCAGCAGUGUGCCAUCCACCGUUAUGAACCUCACCGACCAAGACCCUGCGUUGACCUGCGAACUGCUUAUAACGGCAAUCGCACAGAAGUACGCCCACCAGUACUGCCUUGAGCCUGGUAUUGCACUGCUCGACCCUACGGACGAGUACACUCUGCCCGGCAUCAGGAGCGCGACACAGGAAAUGCUUAGCUGGGAAUGGGUGUUUGGGAAGACGCCCAAAUUCGACGUCAGCGUGUCUCUCAAUGUAGCUGAUGCGAUCGUGACUCUGUGCAUGAACGUAAAAAAUGGCAUCAUCGACUCGUGCUCUUUAGAGCUGCCUGCGAACUGGCCUUAUUGGGAGGCAGGUGCGGAACUACAGUCCCUACUGACAGGGAGCCGCUUCUGUGCUGGCGAUGCGAAGCUACUGAGCAGCGCUUUGUUGAGGAGCUGUCCACAGACUGAUGGUGUGCAAGAUCGGUGGCGCGACCUGUGCGAGCAGUUGGCCAGUCUCAUGUGACACAGAGCGGCGCCCGUCACUGUCUCGUGGCAGAAAGUUUUUUGUUGUGGUUUAAAUUGAUCAAGUGUUCGUGGAGCAUGUCAUUUUGCAUUUUAUCCAAAUUUGUCAGAUAAUAGGGGAUAAAAAGAGGAAGACUGUUUUACAAUCCCGAGUAUCUCUAUACAGCGCACUUAAUAAAUUGUAAUUUGAUGAGU